CAUACCAGGAUCUCACUGUGGACGCACUAAGGAAGAACUGCGCAUCAAAGGCAUUAAGAGUGUACAGGACCACGAACCUUUUUAAGAGAAGGACAACAGAAUGUGCGGAAUAUUUGCCUACCUAAAUUAUCAAGUGCCCCGCACAAGGAAGGAGAUCUUUGACACUUUAGUGAAAGGACUCCAGAGGCUGGAAUACAGAGGAUAUGAUUCAGCUGGCAUUGCAGUGGAUAGUCCAAGCAAGACCACGAAGGAUGCCAACAAUAACAUCUGCCUCAUCAAGCAGAAGGGCAAAGUCAAGAACCUGGAUGAGGAGCUCUACAAGGGAGACUCCAUGGAUCUUGAGGAGGAGUUAGAGACCCACUUUGGUAUCGCUCACACUCGCUGGGCAACGCAUGGAGAACCCAGUCCCAUCAACAGCCAUCCUCACCGCUCUGACAAAAAUAAUGAGUUUGUAGUGGUCCACAAUGGAAUCAUCACCAACUACAAAGAACUGAAGAAGUACCUGAACUCCAAAGGCUAUGAGUUUGAAUCGGAGACAGACACCGAGGUCAUCCCCAAACUGAUCAAAUAUGUUUAUGACAACAGGGAGAAGGAAAAUUUGUCCUUUUCAACUCUCGUCGAACGAGUUAUUCAACAGCUGGAAGGCGCCUUUGCUCUGGUCUUCAAAAGCAGCCACUUCCCAGGGGAGGCCGUGGCCACCAGGAGGGGAAGCCCACUGCUGAUUGGUGUGCGGAGCCAGUUUGAGCUGCCCUCUGAACACAUCCCCAUUCAGUACAACAGCGCUCCGUACUUCUCUGUACUGCAUGAUGGGCCCAAGGCCUCUAGUGCCACUGAGGCUCACAGUGAGGUGCUGCCCAUAGCACGUAUUCCAGAUGGAGUUCAGGAGAGGAACAGUCGAAACAAGACAGACUCUGGAGUGGAACAGCAGGACAUUGUGGCUGGGACGGCUGUGGAGUACUACUUUGCCUCAGAUGCCAGUGCCAUCAUUGAGCACACCAACAAAGUGAUCUACCUGGAGGAUGACGACAUCGCAGCUGUGAUCAAGGGGAACCUGUCUCUGCACCGUAUAAACCGUCGCACAGGAGAUUCCCCAUCACGGGUCAUCCAGACCCUGCAGAUGGAACUGCAGCAGAUCAUGAAAGGUAAUUUUGAAGCUUUCAUGCAGAAGGAGAUCUUUGAGCAGCCGGAGUCAGUGGUGAACACCAUGAGGGGCCGGAUCUCCUUUGAGACCAGCAAAGUGAUUCUGGGAGGCCUGAAAGAUCACCUGAAAGAGAUCAAGCGUUGUAGGAGGCUCAUCAUGAUCGGCUGUGGCACUAGCUUUCAUGCAGCUGUGGCGACCAGGCAGAUGCUGGAGGAGCUGACAGAACUUCCUGUUAUGGUGGAGCUAGCCAGUGACUUCCUGGACCGAUACACACCUGUCUUCAGAGAUGACGUGUGCUUCUUCAUCAGCCAGUCAGGUGAGACAGCUGACACACUCAUGGCACUUCGGUACUGUAAGGACAGAGGAGCUUUAACCGUGGGCAUUACCAACACAGUGGGAAGUUCCAUCUCACGGGAGACAGACUGUGGUGUGCACAUCAAUGCUGGCCCAGAGAUCGGCGUGGCCAGCACAAAGGCAUACACCAGUCAGUUUGUGGCCAUCACUAUGUUUAGUCUGAUGAUGAGCGAGGACAGAAUCUCAAUGCAGAAGAGGAGAGAGGAGAUCAUCAGUGGGCUCAAAGAUCUUCCAGACAUGAUUAAGACGGUGCUGGAACUGGAUGAGAAGAUCAAGACCAUUGCAAAGGAACUCUACGAGCAAAGAUCCCUGUUGGUCAUGGGUCGAGGAUUCAACUACGCCACCUGCCUGGAGGGGGCACUGAAAAUAAAGGAGAUCACCUACAUGCAUUCAGAGGGCAUUCUGGCUGGAGAACUGAAGCAUGGACCACUCGCUCUGAUCGACAAAGACAUGCCUGUCAUCAUGAUCAUCAUGAGGGAUGCCUGUUACACCAAGUGCCAAAAUGCCUUACAACAGGUCACUGCCAGACAAGGACGGCCGAUCCUGAUCUGCGCCCAGGACGACCCAGAGACCACGAGGUCCGCCCACCACACCAUCGCGCUGCCCCACACGGUGGACUGCCUGCAGGGCAUCCUCAGCGUCAUCCCUCUGCAGCUCAUGUCCUUCCACCUGGCUGUGCUCCGCGGAUUUGAUGUGGACUGUCCCAGGAAUCUGGCCAAAUCUGUCACUGUGGAGUAAAACAGAGCAGGCGGGGAUCUGGAAUCUUCCAGUAUAGUGCAAUUAAGUGUGUAGGCCUAUCUAUGUGUAAGAAGGAAGAAGGUGUGUGUGUGUGUGUGUGUGUGUGUGUGUGUGUGUGUGUGUGUGUGUGUGUGUGUGUGUGUGUGUGUGUGUGUGUGUGUGUGUGUGUGUGUGUGUGUGUGUGUGUGUGUGUGUGUGUGUGUGUGUGUGUGUGUGUGAGAGAGAGAGAGAGAGAGAGAGAGAGAGAGAGAGAGAGAGAGCAGAGAUGGGGAAUUGUGAAGGUGAGAUGGAGAAUGGAGAUGUGAGCAGUGAACAGCUGUAUGUAUGUGUAUAUGGUGCGUUAUUGUGGGGAUAUGUUUAUCAAACUGAAAUGUGAAACUCCACUCUGAAUGGAAGAACUUUGAAUGGAGAGCACAUUAUGAUACUGAUAGUCACUUUUAAGAAGCUCAAUAGCUUUUUAUCCCAAAGGCAUUAUAGUUUACAAUAGGCAGUUGUCAAGUAUUUUGCAACCAAUCUUAUAACAUAACGAGCCAGAGGAAUCUGUUUUGACGUGUUCACAUGGUGAACUGAAGUGCUUGCAAAUGUGCAAUAUUGUCUGACAUGGGAAGUUAAAGUGGGCCAGAGAUGAGGUUUGCCAUAUGAAUGUAAACGAUACACAAAAGCAUUCCGUUCUGUUUAACAUAUUCUGUAUGAUAAAUUGCAUAGCUACACAACCAAAGUUUAUUUCAUAUGUUGCAUCAUGAUAUCAGGCACCCUGACAAUGGUGAUUUGGAAGCUUUCACUGAUCAUGUAGCCUCCUCUCCAGAAUUUGUCAACAGAUAAGUUGAUUCAAAUCAUAGAAUAGUUUUCUAAACAGAUGUCACAAGGGUAUGGGGCUAUGAAUUGUGUAAAGCUUUUGGUCUCAAGGCUUUAAGCUCUUGUGUGGUUUAUCAGGUGAUUGUGACUGUCAUAUGCGUGGGGAUCAAUCAGUAGGCCUAACUUCCAUAUCACUGGUCUAUAAUUGUUUCUUUAUAGGUGAAUCUUACUGUAAGAUCAAAUUGCUAUUUUUAUUAUAUAUUUAUAUUUUUAAAAAGAGUUCACUUUUUUUAUCUGAUGAUACAUGUAGAGUCAGAGUUGGACAAUCAUUAACUUUUCAAUGUGUCUUUCUGUAAUGUAGUGUAAUAAUUAUGGUUGAAUAAAGAAAUAUGAUAAAUGUCAACAAGAAUUCUGAAAAAACUUUCUGCUGAGUCAGACAA